AUGGAGCUAAGCGGAAGGAGCUGCGGUGCGCACAUGCGCGCAUCGGCUGCGUCAGCAUCGUCGACGAGCGUCAGCAGCCAGCGGCAGCUGCUGCGGCUGUCACGCCGUCCGGCAUCCGCGGCGCCGGCGCGAGCCCUGCGGCCCGCGCCCCGCGCGCGCAUGCAGCCGGCCGUGCUCGCGGCCAAAGGCAAGCACCACCAACAGCACGCGCCCAAGAAAGCGGCCGGCGGCGGCGCCUCGACGCCCGGCGCGGCGGCGACAAGCAGGACAGUGGCAGUGGUGGCGGUGACGACCGCAGAUGCGGAUUUGGCGACAGUGCUCGUGUCGCCAGGGACGGCUGGAGACCUGGGGGCCGCGUUUGGCGGCGGCGCGCUUGGGAGCGGGGAGAUCGACGUGGCAGUGGCGGACAGCGAUGAGGAGCUCGACUGCGCGUCGCGGAGCGGCCCAAUCGUGCCUGCAGGCGUCCUGGGGGCGGCCGGUCUCGCGGGCGUGUCUGGGGAGGGCUCCGUGCGCAGCAGCCAGAACCACCACCGCUGCCUCGUGCUGGACGCGGCUUACCGGCCCAUCAACACCAUAUCAUGGUUUAGGGCUGUCAUGAUGGACGUCGGGGGUAAGGUUGACAUCCUGGAUUACUACGAGAAUGUGUACGCGUACAGCGCCUACCAGUCGCACCAGCUGCCCGCGGUGCUGCGCGCGCGCGCGAGCGUCAACAUGCACGAGCUGGCGGGACGCGUCGCGCUGACGCGCCGCAACGUCCUCUCACGCGACAAGAAUACCUGCCAGUGA